UUACCGAAGAACGAAGUACUGUACAAUAUGUCUGGACGUGGUAAAGGAGGAAAAGCAAAAGGAAAGGCCAAGAGCCGAUCAAGCCGUGCUGGACUUCAGUUCCCAGUUGGUCGUGUCCAUCGAUUUUUGCGAAAGGGUAACUAUGCAUCUCGUGUCGGUGCUGGUGCCCCAGUCUACAUGGCUGCCGUACUCGAAUACUUGACUGCGGAAAUCUUGGAGUUGGCUGGCAACGCUGCCCGUGACAACAAGAAGAGCAGAAUCAUCCCCCGUCAUCUUCAGCUUGCCAUCCGUAACGAUGAAGAGUUGAACCGUCUUCUUGGAAGUGUGACCAUUGCACAAGGAGGUGUACUACCAAACAUCCAGGCUGUACUUCUGCCAAAGAAGACCCAGGCCAAGUCCAAGUAGAUCUAAUCAACUACUGUAUCGUCAAACCAAACGGCUCUUUUCAGAG